AUGUCGUUUUGGCGUGGAAAUCAGACACUGAAAGUUUCGGCCUCCCUCUUCGCCGAAAAUCGUCGCCGUCUCGUUGAGGCCCUAAAAAAGUCGGGUAAAGUCUCCGCAAACACUGCGGUCGUCCUUCAAGGAGGUGAAGAGAAGACUAGAUACAAUACUGACGCCGAGGAGCUGGCAUUCCGCCAGGAAUCUUAUUUUUUCUGGGCGUUUGGCGUCCAUGAAGCCGAUUGUUACGCAAUUAUUGAUGUGAACUCUGGAAAAAGCACGUUAUUCCCGCCGAAAUUACAUCCAGAUUAUGCAAUCUGGCAAGGAUGGUGAGCUCAGAGGGGUUUAGCUGCGUUGUUUUAGUCAACUUGGUACCUAAUUUUAGGUUUUUUGGAUUCUGCAAGAAACUAUGAAUGUUCUUCUGGAAUGUUUUGCUAUAGUUAGUAAAUUUAAAGUGCUAUGGGAUAUUUAAAAUCAAAAUCGGAGGUGUUCGCUCUGUUUUUUCCACCUGUGGACCUUAUUUUAGGUAUCGAUCACAAAUUUUUGAUUUUUUUGAAUUUUUGAGUGUUUUUUGCGCGUUUUCACGCUUAAUUUCGAUAACUAGCUGAAGAACGAUUAUCUUAGAUGCAAUUUUAAUCUGUGGCACGUUGUUUUAGUCAAAGUUUAACCGUAUUUUAGGCAAUUUUCUGAAAUUUCAUACCUCUUCAAGUUUGAUCAAAAUUUUUUUAGCAUCAAGCCGGAAAGUUGGUUCAAGCAGAAGUACGAAGUGGAUGAUGUUGUCUUUCAUGAGGAGAACGUCAUUUCCGACUACUUGAAGACUAAUAGCGUCAAAAAUUUGCUGUUAUUGGUGAGCUUUUGCAUUUUUUUUGAUUUUUUUUUGUCUUUCCGACUUUAGAAAGCCCCCAACACGGACAGUGGAAAGGUUCUGGAGCCCGCCGAAUUCAAGGGAAAAUCCGAUUUCAACGUAGACACGGAAAUUUUGUACCCGAUAAUCGCCGAAGAGCGCGUCAUCAAGACCGACCAAGAGCUGGAUGUCCUCCGCUACGCCGCCAAAAUCGCCUCCGAGGCCCACAAAGAGGUGAUGCGCCAUAUCAAGCCCCCAAUGUACGAAUACCAGCUGGAAAGUCUCUUCAAACACAUCUCAUAUUACACUGGAGGAUGUCGGCAUAUUGCCUAUACUUGCAUCGCGGGAAGGUGGGUUCAUUUGGGCCUCAGAAGUUUAUGAGAAGUCUCUUGACCCUUUAUAAUGCUUCUUGAAUUUUACAGCCCUCUGUAAGGCUGUGUAAAAUGGCAAAAAAUCGUGAUUUCAUUAAAUUUUAGCGGCGAAAACGGCGCAGUUCUGCAUUACGGCCACGCUGGAGCUCCAAAUGACCGUCAUAUCCAAGACGGCGACAUGUGCUUGUUCGAUAUGGGUCCGGAAUACAAUUGCUACGGUAAGAGAGGGCUUUUGGGAUUUUUUAAUUUGGUCCUAGUACAAUAUAAUUUUUUUUUAUUUUGAUGUCUAAAACAAGAUAAAAUGAGAUUUUUUUGCUACAGAAUUUGUGGAAAAGGUUUGCGACACGCGUUGAUUAUUUGACUGGGUUUUGAAACAGCUGAUUUUUGAGCCUAAUAUCAAAAUUUCCGAAUCCGACCUAGUGUAAUAUAAAUUUGUAAAUUUUAUGUAGAAAACAAAGUAUUGUGCGAUUUUUCGUUUGAUAGAAUUAACAAAGAAUACCCUUAGAAUAUUUUUAUUGCCCAUUUUGCCUUCUAAGCUGCUGAUUUUGAAGUUAAAAAUCAAAAUUUCAAACUCUUGCCUAGUGCGAUAUAAAAAUAUUUGGAUUUCAGCCUCGGACGUGACCUGCUCCUUCCCAGCGAACGGGAAGUUCACCGAAAAACAGAAAGUCAUCUACAACGCCGUGUGGGCGGCACGUUGCGCCGUCUUCGAGAACGCGAAACCGGGCGUCCGCUGGAACGAUAUGCAUAUUUUGGCCGAAAAAGUGGUCCUCGAACACUUGGUGAAGGCCGGAAUCCUCAACGGAGAUGUGAACGAGAUGGUGGAGAAGCGGGUCGGCGCCGUUUUCCAGCCGCAUGGACUUGGUCAUCUUCUUGGACUUGAUGUUCAUGAUUGUGGUGGCUACCUGGGCGACGCCCUGCCACGUUCACAUUUGCCCGGAUUGAAGUCGUUGAGACUUACCAGAACCCUGAAGGAACGAAUGGUCCUGACGAUCGAACCGGGCUGCUAUUUUAUUGAUACGGUAGGGGAUUUUUUGGGGUUGGAUUACGGUCGAAUUGGAGUUUAUAAGUGGAAUUGA